AUGCGCAUCAGCAUCAGCAUCAGCGCAUCAGCGCAUCAGCAUCAGCGCAUCAGCAUCAGCGCAUCAGCAUCAGCGCAUCAGCAUCAGCAUCAGCAUCAGCAUCAGCGCAUCAGCAUUAGCACAGCGCAUCAGCAUCAGCUCAUCAGCAUCAGCAUCAGCUCAUCAGCAUCAGCACGUCAGCAUCAGCAUCAGCGCAGUAGCAUCAGCGCAUCAGCAUCAGCGCAUCAGCAUCAGCGCAUCAGCAUCAGCAUCAGCGCAUCAGCAUCAGCGCAUCAGCAUCAGCAUCAGUGCAUCAGCAUCAGCGCAUCAGCAUCAGCAUCAGUGCAUCAGCAUCAGCGCAUCAGCAUCAGCGCAUCAGCAUCAGUGCAUCAGCAUCAGCGCAUCAGCAUCAGCAUCAGCGCAUCAGCAUCAGCGCAUCAGCAUCAGCAUCAGCACAUCAGCAUCAGCAUCAGCGCAUCAGCAUCAGCGCAUCAGCAUCAGCGCAUCAGCAUCAGCGCAUCAGCAUCAGCGCAUCAGCAUCAGCGCAUCAGCAUCAGCAUCAGCACAUCAGCAUCAGCAUCAGCAUCAGCACAUCAGCAUCAGCAUCAGCGCAUCAGCAUCAGCAUCAGCGCAUCAGCAUCAGCAUCAGCGCAUCAGCAUCAGCGCAUCACCAUCAGGGCAUCAGCAUCAGCAUCAGCAUCAGUGCAUCAGCAUCAGCGCAUCAGCAUCAGCGCAUCAGCAUCAGCGCAUCAGCAUCAGCGCAUCAGCAUCAGCGCAUCAGCAUCAGCGCAUCAGCAUCAGCGCAUCAGCAUCAGCGCAUCAGCAUCAGCGCAUCAGCAUCAGCAUCAGCGCAUCAGCAUCAGCGCAUCAGCAUCAGCGCAUCAGCAUCAGCGCAUCAGCAUCAGCGCAUCAGCAUCAGCGCAUCAGCAUCAGCAUCGGCUUGCAACUGCAGGGGAAGCUGUGGCAGCAACAUCAGUGCUGGGCAUUUCUUCAUGGUAG